AGUUCUUCUUUUGUCAUCCGUUGGAACAGUUGUGUGUUUUUGUUUGUAACUUUUCUGAAUACGGAUUGAGUCUCGCGUGAAGCUGAAGAAAAUGUACUUAUUUGAAAUUCUCUGGUUAUUGAAGUAUAUUUAUCUGCGCCUUCAGUCGUGGGUUUUGCCAAAGAUCAAGUACAAUCCGAAAGCACAUGACCCCGAAUCGGCACGAAUCGAUGGCGGUGGCCGUUGCUACCCGAACUGCGCUUCGGAUGUAUGGUUGCGUUCGUGUGAGCAGGAAAUUGUCGAGCCCAUUGAAGGACAUGUUAGUGGACACAUACCCACUUGGUUGAAUGGUAGCUUGUUACGAAAUGGUCCAGGUAAUUGGAAAGUGGGCGAAAUGAUGUUUCAGCAUUUAUUCGAUUGUUCGGCUUUGGUGCAUCGGUUUGCUAUAAAAAAUGGUCGUGUGACAUAUCAAAAUCGUUUCGUUGAGACGGAGACAUUGAAGAAAAAUCGCACGGCACAACGCAUAGUAGUAACGGAAUUCGGUACGGCAUCCGUGCCGGAUCCAUGUCAUUCGAUAUUUGAUAGAGUCUCUGCGAUAUUUCGACCCGACAGCGGUUCGGAUAACUCAAUGAUAUCGAUUUACCCCUUCGGUGAUGAGUACUAUACGUUUGCGGAGACCCCGAUGAUGCACAGAAUCAACCCUCGUACAUUGGCUACAGAGGGACGCAUUUGUGUUACCGAUUUCGUGGGCAUAGUCAAUCACACUUCACAUCCUCAUGUUUUGUCAAAUGGCACGGUGUACAAUCUCGGUACCGCUGCCACCAAAUCAGGACCCGUCUAUAAUGUUAUCUGCUUUCCACAUGGCGAGCAAAUGUUUGAAGAUGCCUACAUUGUUGGCUCCGUUUCGUGCCGUUGGAAGCUACACCCCGGCUAUAUGCACACAUUCGGCGUCACUGAACGUUUCUUUGUUAUUGUAGAACAGCCACUCUCCGUUUCGUUGACUGAAUUUGUGAAAGCCAGUUUGUCUAAUCAACAGCUUGCAUCAUGUCUCAAAUGGUUCGAGGAUAAACCAACACUUUUCCAUCUGAUGGAUCGUGAGACCGGUAAAGUGCGGUACACAUUCCAAUCUGAGGCGUUCUUCUAUCUGCAUAUCAUCAACCAGUACGAGGAGGACAAUCAUGUGGUUAUCGAUAUUUGUUGUUAUAAGGAUCCCGAAAUGAUUAAUUGCAUGUAUCUCGAGUCCAUCAUGAAUAUGCAAUCGAAUCCGAACUAUGCGUCACAUUUUCGUGGUCGACCAUUACGCUUCGUCUUGCCUUUGGGCGUUGAAAAUGCAGAUGCGGUGACCUUCAAGGACCAUCCUAUCACUCAGCGUCGUGUGGUGAAAUCCUUCACAAUGUCCGGCAUAAGUACGCGUUUACAGCCGACGAAAAUGAAACAUUCAGAGUCGAAUUAUGAAAACAUAACAAAUAUGGCUAUAAACAAAUUACAGGAAGAGGAGAUGUUGGAAUAUUGCAAGGGUACCGAAGAAAGCGAUGAAGCGAACGAGAAGUUGGAUGGUGAGACUAUGGUGAAUUUGGUAACGCUGGAGGGUAGUAAAGCGCAGGCUUUUCAAUUGAGCAAUCGCAGUAUUUUGGUGAGACCAGAGUUGCUUUGCGAUUGGGGCUGUGAGACGCCGCGUUUCAAUUACGACAAAUGUUUGGGCAAAAAAUAUCGUUAUUUCUACGCGAUCAGUUCAGACGUAGAUGCAGAGAAUCCGGGCACUCUCGUGAAAGUCGAUGUUGUAACGAGAUCAAUACAAAAAUGGUGCGAAGCGAAUUGCUAUCCCAGCGAACCGAUCUUCGUAGCCUCACUCGAACCUGAGACCGAAGAUGAUGGUAUAGUGUUGGCUUCUAUGGUUUGGGGUGGCUUAAAUGAGAACCGAGUUGGAUUGUUGGUGUUGUGCGCCAAAACCUGGACGGAAUUGGGGCGUUGCGAUUUUCAUACAAAUGGACCAGUGCCAAAGUGUCUGCACGGUUGGUUUGCACCCAAUGUUGUUUGAGCAGGGGAAUAAUUAUGGAUUUAAAAUAAAAUUACAGUGCUUUGUAAAAGCACCAAGAA